AUGGAAAAUAGGGAUGUUUUAUACAAAGUUUUUGAAUUCUAUUCCAAAUAACAAUAUAUUUAGGGGUAAUAUGCUACUUUUGAAAGAUAAUAAUAUGAAUCAUCUAUUUUCACUGUUGGUAAAUGGAUGCAUUUCUGUAGAGAUUUUUUAAUUAAAAUUAAUCAUUCUAAAUUGUUAGAGCUAUUCAAGAAAAAAGCUAAAAAUUCUAAAGAACUCAACUUUGAUUAGUUUAUUUAAUUAUUAAAUUUAUUAGCAGAGGAAGAAGGCAUUAACUUUGAUUAAUACUAAAAUAAUUUAGGUUUAGAUAACUGGAAACUUUGUGUAUAAAAAAUGAAAACAUUUCAAAAACCAUUUUAAAUGAAAGAUAAAACUGAACGAAUAACAGAUGUUAAAUAUCAAUUUAAAAUAUAUCAUCCAGAAGUAAAGGAUGACUAAUAAAUAAAAUAAAUUUUAUUAUAAAGGAAACAAUAAAAUGAAUAGAUCAAACUUAUAGAAAGAAAGAAAAAAGUAUUUAACAAAUUAUAAUUUGAAUAAAAACAUUUUACAAAAUCCCAACUGCUUUCUAAGUAUCCAAAUUUAACUGAACUAAUUGAAAAAUUACCUAAUCCUUCAAAACACAAAUUUUCAUAAUAUGAUUAUAAAGAACAGGAAAAGAGUUUUAAUGGAUCUCAAAAAAGAUAAUCAUCUCUAACAUGGGAAAGUUUAAAUUAAUUACCACUUGCAACUGAUUUUCUUAAGGAUUUAAUGGAUGAUUAAGAUAACGAAGAUUAAUAUUUAUAAGAAUAUUAUAAGUCUCAGAACAAAAUUAUAUAGGAUAAUAGUGUUUAAAGAGUGUAAAAUGAGAGAUAAAAAAGAUCUAUUUCAGAUCACAAAUAGAUUAAAAAAGUAUAAAUAUAUUCAGAAUAAUAUUCUAUUGAUAAUAUAAAUAAUUUUGAAAUUUAGAGUAAGAAAAAGAAACUUAAAAGUAUGAAUACUAAUACAGAAUAAAAUAAUAAUGAAAAUUUUAUAUCUUUACGAUAAGUGAAUUAAAAGUUAAUGAGAUAAGAAAAGUAAUAAUUAAAGUAACAGAAUUAUUCAAUGGAAUUGGGAAGAUAAAAUAAAUCUAAUGAAUAACAUGAAAUUUCUUUUAUAAAAGAUAAGAGUGUUCCUAAUAAAUUAAAUAUUUCAAUGUUGAAGAGAGUUUAAUAAAUUUCUGGAUUAGAAGCGAUAAAGGAAUAGAAUUUGCUUAAUCAAAUAAUUUAAAAGUAGAGAGAGAAAUAAAAAAUUGUAUAGAAAUGA